AUGAGAUUUACAUUCGCAGUCGGCCUGUUGGCUCUACCACUAGCACUAGCUGAGUCGUUCAAGUCCGUGGUCGUCACUUUCCCCAAGGGAACGCCUGAUUCAGUGGUUAUUCAGGCCAAAGAGUCGCUAGUGGCUUCAGGUGGCGUCAUCACACAUGAAUACCAUCUAAUCAAUGGCUUCGCCGCCGAUGCUCCUGUGAGCGCUCUCAAUACACUCUCCACGCAGGACGUCAAAUACAGUCCCACUAUCGAGGAAGAUAAGAUUGUGAAUGCGUACGGCGAUUAUGAAGCGGCCAUCUAG